GUCUUCCUCAUUCCACUGUGUCCUGGUCUCGUAUCCAUUAUACUGUACAGAUAAUUAAUUGGUUUUGGUUUUCUCCAGCAAUCUGAAACCCUCGGUUGCUUUCCCCUCUCCCCCUUCUUCUACUUUUCACCUGUAAUUCCCGAUGCUUUGUUCGGUACGGGCCGGGAAGGCUGCUCCCAAUUGGCUGGACCGCCUGCGUUCCAACAAGGGUUUCCCGAUCGCCGACAAUCUUGACCUCGAUCACUUCCUCACUAACCAAAACCUGGACAAUCCCUCCCCCUCUUCGCUUCCUCAUUCUAGCCCCCAUUCCGCUCUGCCCGACCCCCACUCUGACUCUCAUCCCAAUUCCCACCGCCGGGACAAUUCCUCCUCCUCCAACUCUCCCAUUGAAAAUGGGAACCCAUCCUCAUACGGUAUCAUUACCGGCAUCCUCUCUGACCUCUUCAACAUGACGGGUGCCUCUCGGAGUUCCAAAUGUUCCGGCAAAAAGCUCCCCAGGAAACAGUCGAACCCCAAGAUUUGUUCCGUUCCCUCUCUUACUAAUGCUGACUACGCGGAUGACAAGAAUCUGUGUUGCGCCCAGAAAGAAGACAACAUCCUCUCAUCAAAUUCUGAUAAUAGCUCGAAAGGCGGCGCCAAUGCUGGUUCGGAUAAAGCUCAGAAUGCGCGCAGUAUGGUUGAAGAGGAAGAGGUGGAGGAUGAGAAGGGAGAGAAGGAACUUCAAGGAUACUCGAAGAGCGAGGUUACGGUCAUAGAUACUAGCAGCGACGUGUGGAAGUCCGACAAACUGAUUUUCAGAAGGAAGAAUGUAUGGAAGGUCAAGGACAAGAAGGGUAAGUUGAGGAGCUAUGGGAGGAAGAAGAGGAAGCAGUGUUCUGAAAUGAAUGGCCUUUCCGAUAUGACUGCUUCCGCAAGUAAGAAAACCAAAUUCUGGGGGUCAGAAGAACGCUUCCAUUUCAAUGCACCACAAAUCCGUGGAAAGGAAGCUCUAAAACAAUUGAACAAAGGAUAUAAUUCUCAGCAUUGUUCUGGCCCAGAAAUUAGUGUUAGUGCACCGGAUAGCAGUAAUGACAAAAAGGAGAAUGUUUGCUCCCUCUCCCAGGAAAAUGGCAGCUAUGAUCACUAAAGGAAGUGAUCCAUCCAAGGGCUUAGUUAGAGAAGGAUUUUAAUGAAAACGCACAGAACACUGACCAUGGUUCUGGAAAGCUGGGACAUUCGGUGGAUGGAUUGGCUGCUUAAGACUUCCUACUAUUCUAAUUUCUUAAUUAUUGGGACGACCCAUUUUACAGUUACUGCAAUUGCAUGAGUGGACUCUUGUCCGACUCGCGAACUAAACUUGAUGAUGGUAGAUGAAAAUUGGGUGUAACUAGUCUAUACAAGACGUGGUAUUUGUUUCAAAUGAUUUCAAGUGUAAUUCCGUCCUUGUGCUGAAUGCGCUCUAUUCUUUUUGGAUCA